GCCGAGUAAAUGAGGAACUGUCCUAACCUAACAAAAUCAGAAAAUUACAUUAUCUUCUCACUAUAUCUGCACUACACAUACGGAGCUACAAACCAUUUCAGGAGAACAGAUGAGCUGCUGCAUAUCUUAUCUUUUCUUUGGUUCUGAACAUUGAACUUCAAAAAGGAUGACGAGUCAAUUGACCUGGAUAAUUGCUGUAGUGAUACAAUGAGUAGUAGUGAAGAUCUUCCUUCAUUGGACUCAUCUCUUCAAGGAACUGAGUACUACAAAGAUCUGGAAAUGAUGGAAGAUACGAACACUGACCGGAAAACCCAGGCCUUCCGUGUUUCUGGUGGACCCAACAUUAGCUUUGAUAAUGGAGAGGUUGUAAUUACUUGUACCAAGCCAAUCCUCUGCCCUAUGUCUUUUGAAGCUGGAAGUCCAUCAGAAUCUCAAAUAUAUAAGGAAAAUAGAUGCCAGGAAGAUGUAACCAUGGAAAGUAUUCCUAUCUUAGUUAGGUCAUUGUCAACUUCUAGGAGACACAGCUGGGAUGAUGCAAUAUCACCAACAGAUACUGUACGCAGAUUUAGCCUUGAUGCUUCAGAGUUGGAUAGCGAUGGAGAAAGGGAGCUGCAGGCAAGCAACAAAAUCGCCAUUCAGGAAGUCCCACAGCUAUCAGACCCUUGGGUGGUAAAGGCCAGCCUGAAAAUUAAAGCAGAUACUGGAAACCUUGAUCUUGUGGAAACUGCAACACUGCACAAGGAUGAAGACAGCUCUGGCAAGAGACUACGUUCAAAGUCUAUGCCUUCAACAUUAGACAAGAUUUCAACCCCAAUAAUCUCCCGUAGCCUGGAAUCAUCCUGUCCAGUGAUUGAAGUGACUCAACCGCCUGCAAUGGAAACCACUGAGAAGGACCAUGUGGAACCAACACAUGUAUUAUUUGUGCAGCAAGUGCUCCAAGAACUGAAACAAUAUCAUAGAACUAAAAGCAAACAAGAAGCAAGCAGUGGAUCGAAGCAAAAUCUGACCUGGUACGAGUUCCUGUCAAACGAGACAGAAGACACAGGUAAACCUGAGAAGGUGGAAAGAGGAACUAAAGUGAAAAGAAGACUAAGCUCCCUAAAGAACAGAGUCACUGGAUCCUGGCAAAAAGAUAAGGGUAAGAUAAAAGAGCAGCUGAAAGAAAAGGGCAGAGAACCAAAGGACAAGUUGAUGAAUGUCAAUGGGCAUGAGCUGGAGCCAGGCUGCUUCUCAAAUCACGCCAAAUGCACUUUAUGCACCAAGGCACUUGUAAAUGCGCGUGGACUGCAAUGCAUGCGUGAGUAGGCACUGCUUCUUUGGUUGGAGGGGAUGCCACGUUCACAUUGCCUUAUUUUUUUUAGUCUCUGUUCUUAAUGCUUCAAAGCAUGAAAGCAAGGUUAUUACUAAACUCAUUAUCUCACUGCAGGAGAAGAUUUAGGAAAAACAAUGUUUAAUCAGCAUGAGCCAUCUCUUGAGCAACAAAACACUAUUUUUAAAGCUGAGAUGUUAUGUGACGCUGUCGAUGAAACAUGACAAAAGAUUCUCUGCUUCACAGUUAACACAUGUAUUGGUCAUCUGUGUAGAAAGAAGGGAUAUUAAUCUUUGUAGAAAAGUUCAAGAUGUACGACUGGAUUUUUAGAUUACUUUUAAUAUGUCUGCAAUCACUGAGAGUGUGUAUAUCUGACAAGCAGACUGCUGGCUGUCAGAUGGAAAUGAUUCAGUGGCUAGUAAGCUGCCCAAUCGCUUCCAAACACCCCUGGUAACAGCAGCCUCUGUCUGUUCUCCUCCCAUUCUUAUUGCCUGUAUGGCUGGGGCAGAAGCUGAUGGAAUCUGCAUUUCAUUAGCUUUAUUAGAGAACAGGUGAGGCAUCAGGAGUCUUUUAGACCUCUGGGGUCUCAUUACAGAGAACCUGUCACCAAAAAAUCAUCACAUUGGGGACUUUUUGUCCCCUAUUUAAUGAAAAAGUGGUUCUAAAGGUUGAAGGUUUUUUACCGUCAUGCAUUCCAAAGGCUCAGAGA